ACGUCGUGCUGUUCACACGCGCGCUUGUAAAACGAAUCUUUUGUGUGCGUCGCGACGCUCCGAGGCGUGUGGGUUUUUUUCUUCUUGUUUUUGGAAGACAAAUUUGUGAUUUUUAGUGUUUGAAGGAGUUGAAAGUUUUGUUGCUUUUGAAGGAAAAGUUCUAAUUUACGAAAAUUGAAAGUGCGUGUUUUCUCAAUCGUAAUUGUGCAGUAAUUGUCUCGACAAGCGCUUUAUCACGAAACCUUGGGGGAGGGUUGCACUUUGCAAGGUGAUUAGUUUGAGGUAUUACUUUUAAACAGAGUUUCACACAGCUGCUAAACCGAGAAGUUUAUUGUGUUUAUGCAGUAUCGAAUGCAUCAAAGUACGAAUCUUGCAUACUGAAAUCAGUGUCUGAGGAAGCAAGUUGAAGCAGAAAAAAGAGGAAAAAAGGAACAAAAUAUCGAUCGCUUCCUGGUUCAAUGUGUGCCUAGUCCUUCUUCCUCGUGGUGACAAGGAUAAACAAAAGUGACCUCAAAAAAAUGUCCAUCCUCGUGGAAUCAUCUCCGGUUGCCAUGGGCAUGACGUCACGGGACCGAACCUCCCUAGCCGGUGCCAGCCCCAGCAAGCAGCAGCGCCUGGACGACGAAACGUGCCAUCUGGACACGAACCUAAACCUUCCCUCCUACCCAGACCUGUCCCGGUCUCCCUCGAUGGGGGAAACCUUCGUGUCCGCCGAUGGACCACUUUCGUCCUCCGAAGAAGGCGACGAUUCCAGCGACGACGACGAGGACGUACUCCGGACACGGGACCCGGUGCGGUCACCGUCGUUGAAUUCGGCCACGGCCAUGCCGAUGGAGGGACGGUCGGAAAUUCGGCCGAUGUCACCUGGGGAGGGACCGUCCGGCUCGACGUCGAUUUCGGUUUCGAUGGGCUCGAAUGGUGACGAAUCGGGUGAGAGAAGCCUCAGCGAGCCCAGUAUAUUGGUCACAAUCGUUCCGGAAAAGAAGGGGAUCUUUCUGAAGCACUCCGAGUAUGAGAUCAAAUCAAAAGCCUACGAUACGGAAGUAAAGCGCCGUUACAAAGAUUUUGUCACCCUUCACAGUUAUCUUGUACAAAAGUAUCCGUACCGCUUGAUUCCCAGCCUCCCGCCCAAGCAGCUCAUGGUGGACUCCCUGCUGGAAGAACGUCGCCGCGGUCUCCAAACCUGGCUGGCCAUCAUCGCGAUGCAUCCGGUCCUGGGCAGUUCGCCCAUGCUGGUAACCUUCCUGAGCGACAAAACCCCGGACCACCUGUUCCGGAUGCGGGUCGCGUUCGAAAAGCAGGUCGACGAGUUUAGCCGGCUCCGGACGGACGUCGAUCUACCGCUGGAAGAUCAGGAAAAACUCGCCGCCAGCCGGGACCGGUUGCGGAAGGUCCUGCACUCGCUGCACCGGCUUCGAAAGAUCUUCGACGAGCAGGCCUUCCGGCUGGAGCAGCAGGCCCGCGACAUGGCCGAAGUGGAUCUGAUCCUGCAGGGGCUGGAAGUGCGCGAGGUUUUCGGCGAGAAGACGUUUGACGAAAUGUCCAACAGUGCGCAGGCCGUGUCCAAGCAGUCGGAACGGUACGUGCAGCUGCAGCGGAAUGCCAUCAACGAGCGGAUCCACGUGCUCAUGGAGCUGCUGGCGGCGCACAACGAACUCUGUGAUCGGGUGGAGAAAGGAAUCUUUGCCGAGUACCAGAAAGCUCUCUCAAAGUCGCUCAACAUCAGCAAGAUCAAGAUGAAGAGUGUGAUUCGCGGAUCGGGGCCCGACAACGUGUCGACGCUGGCCCAGCGCGAGGUCGCCCAGUGCGGCGAAGCGGACGCCCUCGGCCGCCGGUGUGCCUUCGCGCUGCACUGCGUCCGCAGCGAAUCGUCCCUUGCGGAGAAGUACCUCCAGUCCCUGCCGGCGAUCCUGUUGGCGUACGCGAGCGAGGAGUCCCAGUACCACAGCAAGGUAACCGACAUCGAAUACGUUCGCUCGAACCGCUGGAAAUAUUUCAUAAACCUUUCUUUCGCCGCAGAUGUCGAAGAUUUGGCAUCGGUUAGUAGCUAGUGAGUCGUCCAAGUUGUGCUAGGUUUGUGCGCCGAGGUUCGUGUGCGAGUUAGGGUGAUUACUUUUAUUUUUUGGAAGGGAAAUUUAGAGUUUAGUGGGCUCGAACGCACUUCAUCACUUUUAGAACUAGAGUUCCGUUAGAAUCGUCAGUAUCAGUGAAACAAUCAAAACCAAUGCGCCAAAUAACUAGCGAGACAAAUCACAAAAAUAAUAAAAUCUAUCAAAAAGAAUGUUCAAAUCGCCAAAAGAAACAAAGCAUCCACAAUUCCGUACAAUUUUUUUUUUUAAUUAUAGUUUUGUUAAGUUAGAAGUAACAUUCCUUUUUAAGCAGCUUUUUACGCAUUAGCAGAUGGAGCUUACGAUAUUCACACAAAGUACACGUAUUCACGAGAGGAAGUAAGCUUAUGAUAUGAUUAAGAAACUAAUGUAGUAGUACGAAGAAGAUGAUAAAUGGUGUACUAAGUUUACAAUAAAGAAAUGUUUUUACAAAUCGA